CGUCCUCCCGCGGAGGAGUGUAAACAGGCGACGCGCUGGCGGAGGUGCGGCCCUGCGGCGUCCGCGUCUCGGGCAUGCUCCAGGCAGGCUGGGGCGGUCGCGCUGCCAGCUCGGAGCCCACCUGAGGUAACUCCAGUGGUCUCUAGGACUGGCGUCUCCCACGCCGCGCGCAGCCGCCGCCGCUGGCCUCCAAUAAGGGCGGCCGAGCCCCCAGCCCGGGCAGGGGGUGUGGCUGCCGGCCGCGCAGUCCGCGACAGGUGGGUCGGGCGGGGGCGACCGCCGCGGUCCCUGCCCUGCGCUGCCCCUGGGCUGGGGGCCUGGCGUGGAGCCUGCGGAGAGGCGGCGCGACUCCGGGCCGUGGGUCCUUCCGCCCCGGUGCUUGCGUCUGUCCCUGGGCCGGGCCGAGCCGAACCGGGAACCGCCGGGGCAGUCGGCUCGGAGGGCGCUAGGCCGGCGUCCCCGGGUCCCAGGUGAAGCCCUUUCCCUGCCGGGCUGCGAGACUUUGGGCCCGGCAGCCCUCGUCCUUGGCCUGAGCUCGCGCAUCUGUGCAAUGCAGUCUCGGACUGGGGACCCGUGAGGACCUUCCACGUCUGACGUGUGACCCUGGGAGACCCGCGUGCAUGGAGGGUGCCGGAGGGGAAGCAUAGCCUGAAAUCCAUGGCCCAAAAUGACUCUGUCAGUGGAGACUCUCCUCUGUGAAGAAGACGACCAGAGAGGAGGUUGGGAUGAGCAUGCCACUGCAUCAGAUCUCUGCCAUUCCAUCCCAGGAUGCCACCUCUGCUAGAUUCUACAGAAGUAAGACCAAAGAAAAGGAGAGGGAGGAACAGAAUGAGAAGAUUUUGGGACAUUCCAUGAGUCAUUCAAGCAACAUUUCUAAGGCUGGGAGUCCUACGUCAGCAUCAGCUCCGGUGUCCACCUUCUCUCGCACUUCUAUCACGCCGUCCAGCCAGGACAUCUGCAGUUCCAGUGCAGUGUUUUCUGAGUGUUGUCACCACAGUUCCGUGCAGUCUGCUGUUGUCUUGAAAGCUCCUCACUGCCAGAAUUCUCUGACACAAGGGCUCACUGUGACAGUUAUCUGUAAGGACACAUUACAGGCGUCAAAGAGAAAUUCCUUUGGUUCAGAAUGGGUCCAGGCCUUGAGGCCUGCUAACAAUACCAAACCCGGAAGAACACUAAAGUUCUCAAGAUCCCUCAGUGAUGUGGGUGAGAAGGCUCAGGAUUCUUCGGAAAGUUUUGCUUAUAUGGAAAGAACUUGUUCUGAAGGAAAAUUAAUAUUUCCUCAAGAUUCGUGCCUCAGAACCAGCAGGUACCAUCGUAAAGAAAAAAGAACCCUGAACUACAAACCUCUUGGCAAUUCCAAACAUUCUUGUAUUUCAUGCCCUUCUGCCAGUCACUCAGCUGCCUCAGAGGUGGAAGCUGGCAAGCGGGGCAGGCCUGGCCAGCUGCUGGAAGAGAAGGCAGAUGGCGAGGCCACAUCCCGAAGCCGGCGACUGCUCCGGUACCUGUUCUCACUCUCUCAUGGCUCGAGCGCCAGCAGCCUGCACAGGUUCCACGAGCUGGAGAGCUGCACCGCUCGCCUGCACACUGCCAAAUCUUCCAGUGGGCUGGCAGGGAGCACGGGCUUCUGCUCUGACGACAUGGGAGAUGACGACGUCUUUGAGGACAGCACAUCUGCAAAAUUGAAGAGUAGGGUUCUGCGGGCUCCCCUCUGCUCCAUGGAAAAGGACAGCGACCUGGAUUGUCCUUCUCCCCUCUCUGAAAAAUUAGCCCCCAUAUCUCCCGUGUCCACAUCAGGGGAUGCCUGCAGGAUCUGCCACUGUGAAGGAGACGACGAGAGCCCCCUCAUCACCCCCUGCCGCUGCACAGGAAGCCUCCACUUCGUGCACCAGGCCUGCCUGCAGCAGUGGAUCAAGAGCUCCGACACGCGCUGCUGCGAGCUCUGCAAGUACGAGUUUGUCAUGGAGACCAAGCUGAAGCCACUGAGAAAAUGGGAGAAGUUGCAGAUGACGGCCAGCGAGCGCAGGAAGAUUAUGUGCUCAGUGACAUUCCACAUCAUCGCCAUCACAUGUGUGGUCUGGUCCUUGUAUGUGCUCAUUGACCGUACUGCUGAGGAGAUCAAGCAGGGGCAGGCAACAGGAAUCCUGGAAUGGCCCUUUUGGACUAAAUUGGUAGUUGUGGCCAUCGGCUUCACUGGAGGACUUCUUUUUAUGUAUGUUCAGUGUAAAGUAUACGUGCAAUUGUGGAAGAGACUCAAGGCCUAUAAUAGAGUGAUCUAUGUUCAAAACUGUCCAGAAACAAGCAAAAAGAAUAUUUUUGAAAAAUCUGCACUAACAGAGCCCAACUUUGAAAAUAAAGAUGGACGUGGAAUUUGUCAUUCCGACACAAACUCUUCUUGUUGCACAGAGCCUGAAGACACUGGACCAGAAAUCAUUCAUGUCUGAUUGUGUGCAGGUUGUCAUUUUCCUGGACAUCCAUGAAGAGCCGAAGGAAAUUGUUUACUGCCAAUUUGUGUACCUUUCUUAUGUCCUUUAAUAGCAUAGACUGGGCAGGUGACUAUAGUGGCUUCUCUUUUUCUAAACCCUCCUUAGUCUCCUAGAAAGCCCUCUUGUGGGCCAGGCAUGCCUGGGUCCUGCCUCUGCCUGGCAGCUCUGUGGGAAGGGAAGGUGGAAGGCCCCAUGAGGACACUGGGGAGCCAGCGGAGUUCCUGCCCAUGGUGUUGAGCAGAAUGAGAGAAUAAAAUGCCAAUUCCAAGGGAAGAGCAGGAGCAGGGGCACCCAGGCGCUGAUAUGCAGCUGCCUCCAGCUUACAUUGGUCCCCAGCCUGGAACAGAGCUUGGGGAGUGUCUCGCCAUGCUGAAAGGUUUCCCUCCGUACUACGGAGAGCCCCAGGAGGCAGUACUGAAACAGGCCCCCAAACCCAGACUCCGGCCUGCCCUCUGCCAGUGCUGCCUCCUCCAUGCUCUUGAGCAGAUGGGGCCGUGGUGCUCUGUGGUGGCGCAUGAUUCACUGAGCAAACAGCACUUUACAGAAGAGAAUCUUUAUUUUGUAAUAUGUGUGUCCAGUGAGAUUGACACUCAAAAAAAAAGUCUCACUUGUAAAUCUUCCCUUCCUUACCUUUGUUAUCUCCUUUACAUCAUGAGAGAUCAAAAACCCACUUUGCCUUAUAUAUGCUAAGAAGCAUGGCAUUCGUUCUGUUCAUAAAACAGACUCAUGACUCUAAGACAGGACAAACAGGCCGGAUGCUUUUUUAUCACAGAUCUUAUGGAAAUUAAUGGAUUCUUAAUGGCAGUUAAAGCAUGAUUUCUAUGCUUUUGAGCCUGUUUUAUGACAAGGUAUUAUUUUAUAGACCUGACCCGUACAUUUCUUUUUGUCAACACUGAAAAAGAAGAGUUUUUGAGAUCUAAAUGGAAGGAAAGGAAGUGAGUAAUUACAACAAAACUGAAUAUUUUUAAAGUACUGCUUUAUGGUUAAAUCUCUCCAGUGGGUGCUGGCUUCACAUUGGAAGAGCAGCCAUGUGCCACCCUGGCUGGGGUAUGUGCACUGCAGGUUCUCCCUUGCACACAAGAUGGGCACUGGCUCACUAUGAGGCUUCUGCUCAUGGAGGUUCUGUGGAGUCACUGCCAGGGCCUUGAGGCAGGCAGGCUGGCUCUGGGACGAGGGUCAGGUGUGAGCAUACUGCCAGAGUCUGCUGUGCCACUGCUCCCCGGCCACACACCCGCCCAGCUGUCGCCUUAACCAGACUGAACAGGAUCCUUCGGGGCCCUUGGUCCCACUUUCGGUCCAUUCUGUCAUCAGGGAUUACCACCUGUACCAUUUUCAUAAAACCAAAUCACUACCGUCAAAUGGCCUUGGCUCUCUAAAAUGUCUGCUUAAAAUUCUGUUUUUCAAACCCAGUUUCCUAGUGCCAGGCAAAUAGUUACCUCCGGGAAAGUUGCCGGGGGGCCUGAAACACAAUAUAAUUAAUCCAGAUGCUUUCUCUCCAGGAUACUCUCUCACCCAGCCUGCAGGGAGGAGGUGGGAGAUGCUGGGGAUCCUGCCUCAGGCUCUCUGGGCCUUAGGUGCUUCGUUUGCCUUGCACUUUGUUGCUACUAAGGGGAUGAAGCAAAAACAAGAUGAUUUAUUUGCCUUUCAGAGUGGAAGUCCUAGAGUUUGUUUUGAAGGCCAGAAGGCUGAAGGAUCUCUGAGCUACGGUGUGGGCUUAAUGACAGCAGGCUUUGCCCUCCUGUCUCCUUCAAGCUGGUGUCUGAUUCCUUGGGAGCACCGGUCUUAGUCUGUGGAGUGGCUCUGCUGUGGCCUUCCUCUGGCUAGGCAGGCACUGUGUAGCCAUAGCCAGCUCCUGAAAACAGGUCAGCCUCCCCGCUCUGUCUCCCAGGCCACAUCCAGCCUGUGCCUGUGUUCAUUGUACCCCGAAGUGCAAUUACCCAUACUACUUCUCAGCCUGGGGACCCCAGGCAACCACAGACUGUCCACUCAGGAGAGCUGAAUCCCAGGUCAGCCCUGCCAGUGUCCCUAAGGAACUGCUCAGGCAAGGCCCCUGAUUUUGUAUACUCAUUCCUGCCACCCUCCAACAGUACUGGGUUAGAUUUUCUAAGGGUGAAUCCCUGCUUCAUAUAUGGAAUCCCUUAUGCUGAACUUGAAAAGCACCAAGACUUCCUGUAGACAGGAGAGUGCUUAGGUAGGGACAGCCCCUGGGCAGCCCACCCAGUGUGGCUGGCACCCCACUAUGGCAAAGGUGCCUUUAUAACUGAGCCCUGUAUCCCUCCCAUGCCCAACCAGAUUCUCAUGGGAAGCCCUCUCCCUUUUCUGCCUGAUACCAUCUUAUCAUCUCUGGCCUCACUGUGGACAAUCUGCACACAUUCUUACUACCCCUCCUAGCAGGACACAGAGCUACCCCCUUGUCUUUUUUCCUUGAAGGUUCUAGUUCAGUUCCUGAUUCAUCAGACCCUCCUAGCCCCCUGCAUCUAGCAGCGAAGCACAAAGCCUGGCAGUGGUGUGGUACUCCCAUCUGGUGUGGGCACCAGCUCUGCCAGUGCUCCUGUAGCCUGGGUAAACUUGCUCCCUUAAUUCUUUUGGGGGCUGUGUGUUCCCCAGCUUCCCCCUGCUUCAUGCCCCCAGCUUUAAUGAAAGGAUGGCAUUUGGUUGACCCAUAUAGAAGCCCAGAAUGAGGGCUCGGGGCCAGGGAAGGGGAAGAGGCAAGUGGUCUGGGGUAUCACCAGCCAGCCCUCUCUGAUUUGGCCUCUAUUCCCUGUAAGUCACAGUAGCACAUGCAGGCUUUUGGCCUCAGCAAUUUGCUUUUUGUGCCCAAGUUUAUUGUAAGAAUUUCCUGAAAACCCUAUAAACCUUCCUACUCUAGACCUCUAAUGUUUCUCCCCUUUUUGCUUCAGUCCACUCUUUAAUCAUGUAGGCCUAGUUUUCAAACCUGUACAUGUGUCCUACCUGGCCAUAGGCAUGCCUAUAGGCAGCUGGGCCAGUUUGGGAGCCUCAGUUGAUGCCUGCAGGAUCCGGGGCUGCCUCUGCAUCCCUGGUGUGGGCUACAGGGCUGGAGAAGGGCUGGGACCAACCUGGUGAGAUCCAGGAGGCUGUGGAUGUGGCUGGAGGCAAAUACACAUUUAAAGUACUUUGCCCUUUGAAGUGCUUUCCCUUUUGAAUCUGUCUUGAAACAUGCAGCUUCCACCUCUAGCCCAAGGAAAGACCAAAACAUAGGGAAAUAAAAGCAUUUCUCUUUGUCUUGGAAAGUAAUUGUUGAAGUUGUGCAGUUGAUCAAUGCACAGUUAGAUACAAUGUUUAUGGAAAUUGAUCGUUAAACCAAAUUUACACUGGCUUGUGUGGUGUAGUUUCUAAAAGGCACUUCACAUUUCAAAUUUUUCUUAGAAAGUUUCUAGUAAUCUAAAUGUCUAGUUUUGUAUUCUUUGGUGUAUGUUCACUGUUUCUCAGUAUUACCACUUGAAUAAUUCUCUGUAAAAGGGGGUUUGUGCUAUACACUGGGAUGUCUAAUUGCAGCAAUAAAGCCUUUCUUUAAAAAGGA